CUCUCGAUGCCUCAAGCUCCAGUUCUCAAAUUAAAUAGUGGUCACGAAAUUCCUCAAAUUGCUUUAGGAACACUUGAUGCUCAUAAUAUUGAUGCGGUUAAUGCUGUGAAAGCUGCUUUUGCCUCAGGCUAUCGUCAUAUUGACACUGCAAUGUUUUACGAAAAUGAGAAGGAAGUUGGCCAGGCUAUUGCAGAAUCAAUGAAAGAGUACAAUCUUAAACGGGGAGAUAUUUUUGUGACUUCUAAACUCUGGUGCGAUCGACAUGAUCCGAAAGACGUUAAAAGAUCAUGUGAAGAAACGUUGAAAGAUCUCGGUCUUGAAUAUCUAGAUCUCUAUCUCAUUCACCUUCCCGUUUCAUUCAAAGUCUUAGAUGGUUACGUUUUUGAUUUAAACAAUCGGGAUGUACUAAUUUAUGAGAAUCACAAGCUGGAAGACACGUGGAGAGAAAUGGAAAAGUUGGUUUCAGCUGGACUGGCAAAGUCUGUUGGCGUGUCAAACUUCAACAAACGCCAAAUUGAGCGUAUCAUCGAGCAUGGAAAGAUGGUGCCAGCUGUUAAUCAAAUUGAAGUGCAUCUUCACUUUCUUAACACCAAGUUGAUUGAAUUCUGUCAAUCGAAAGGCAUUCAGGUUGAAGCUUAUGCUCCUUUUGGCUCCCCUGGUUACUUGAAGGAAAACGUUAAGUCUCUGUUUGAACUGGAGGCUGUUGUUGAGAUCGCGAAUAAGCACAAAGUUACUCCUGCCCAAGUUCUGAUUCGUCAUGGUCUGCAAAGAAAUUUGGUUGUUAUCGCCAAGAGUGUUACUCCCGAGAGAAUUCGGACAAACUUUGAUGUUUUUGGUUUCGAGCUGACUAAUGAGGAGAUGGACAAGCUUAACAAUUCUGGUAUGAACAUUCGCCUGUUCAAGGUACCAUCAUAUGCGAAGAAAGCUAUUCCUCGUGUCAAGACUAAACACUAUCGGGUGUUCUGGUCUAAAUACCUUGAGGAACCGAAAAGAAAGCGGACGCCCUUCGCAGCACUGCUGAACAGACUGGAAGAACGGAAGACGUACAAGCCUGGAGACGACAAUCAGGUUGGUCAUGAAAUUCCUCAGCUUGCCUUCGGAACAUUUGACGUUUCGAAUAUGAAUGCUAUCAAUGCCAUAAAAGCGGCUUUUCGUGCUGGAUACCGUCAUAUUGACUGCGCAGAGUUUUACGGCAACGAGAAAGGAAUAGGUCAAGGCAUCGCAGAAUCGAUGAAAGAGUAUAAACUUAAACGUGAAGACAUUUUUAUCACUUCGAAACUCUUUUGCGAUCGACACGAUCCUAAAGAUGUCAAGGGUGCUUGUGAAGAAACGUUGAAUGACCUCGGUCUCGAAUAUCUGGAUCUCUAUAUAAUUCACUUUCCCGUCUCCUUCCGAGUUGCAGAUGGUGUUAGCUUUGAUUUUGACGAUCCAGAGACAGUUAUUCUGGAGAGUCACAAUCUUGAAGACACCUGGAGAGAAAUGGAAAAGUUGGUUCCAGCUGGAUUGGCAAAGUCUGUUGGUGUGUCAAAUUUCAAUAAACGUCAAAUUGAGCGUGUCAUCGAGCAUGGAACGAUGGUACCAGCUGUUAAUCAGAUUGAAGUGAAUCUUCACUGUCUUAACACCAAGUUGAUUGAAUUCUGUCAAUCGAAAGGCAUUCAGGUUGAAGCUUUUUGUCCUCUCGGGUCUCCUGGUUACUUUAAGAACAAAGCCAAGUCACUGUUUGAACUGGAUGCUGUUGUUGAAAUCGCGAAUAAACACAAAGUUACUCCUGCCCAGGUUCUGAUUCGUCAUGGUCUGCAAAGAAAUUUGGUUGUUAUCGCCAAGAGUGUUACUCCCGAGAGAAUUCGAACAAACCUUGAUGUUUUGGGUUUUGAGCUAUCAAAGGAGGAAAUGGACAGGCUUAACAAUGCUGGUAUGAACACUCGCAUUUUGAAGCUAUUAGCCCUCGCCGAGCAUCCUGAAUAUCCCUUCAAUGAUGAAUUCUAA